AUGGCCUCCCCGCGGCUGGAGACCUUCUGCUGCCCGAACCGCGACGCGGCCACGGAGUUUGUGGUCACCUUCCAGCCCGUCCUGUUCGGGGCUCUGAGUCUGGGGAGCGCUUCCUUGAGCUUCAUAUUCGCCGUUUUGCAAGUUCUGCCGAAGCGGAAGGGCUACCGGCGGCUCGGACAGUACCCCCUGCCCCGGCCCGCGUCCUCCACCCGGAUAUUGUUCAUCAUCAGUGUGUGUGACAUACUGGGAUGCGCAGGUGUCAUCGUCCGAUCGUCCGUGUGGCUGGGCCUGCCCCACAUCAUGGACAGCACCUCGGUGGCCAACAGCACGGACGUCCUGCCGGAGGUCUUCUGCGUGGGCAGCGCUAUGUGGAUCCAGUUGUUCUUCAGCGCCUCUUUCUGGUGGACCUUCUGCUACGCGGUGGACGUCUUCCUGGUGGUCAAGACCUCUGCAGGGAUCAGCACCAUUGUCCUCUACCACAUGAUCACAUGGGGCCUGGCUGUGCUGCUGUGUGUGGAGGGAGUGGCCAUGCUCUACUACCCAUCCAUCUCCGACUGCGAAAAAGGCCUCCAGCACGCCAUCCCCCACUACGUCACCACGUACGCGCCCAUGCUGCUGGUGCUCACCGCCAACCCCGUCUUCUUCAGCCGGACCAUAUCUGCAGUGACAUCUUUACUUAAAGGACGACAAGGAAUCUACACAGAAAAUGAGAGACGGCUCGCCAAUGAUAUAAAAAUACGCUUCUUCAAAAUAAUGCUGGUGUUCUUUGUUUGCUGGGCCCCAAACCUCAUCAACGAGAGCCUCCUCUUCUACCUGGAGAUGCAGGCGGACAUCAACGACAGCAGUUUCCGGGACAUCAGGAACGCCGCCCUCACCACGUGGUUCAUUAUGGGCAUCCUGAACCCCAUGCAGGCCUUCCUCAACACGCUGGCCUUUCACGGCUGGACCGGCCUGGACGUCCACCUCAGCUUCCGGCGGGGCCGGGAGCUGGCCUGGGACUCGGGCUCCACCUCGGUGCCAAACACGGGCGGGCAGAACCCGAUGGUGGGGACCACCCUGCUCUACCAGAGUCACGUCCAGGAGGCCCAGAAGGGCGUGAUGGGGAACGGACAGCAGCACUCUGACGCCAUCAGCGUCCUCUCAGAAGGUUCAGAGUCUAGCACAGUUGAAAUCCACAUUUCCAGCGAGCUACGAGACUAUGAGGAUGUAGACGCUGACGGAGAGUCCUUGGAAAACUCUGUGAGGCACUAG